GACAAGCGGAAAAAGGAUAGAGCAGCGGAGUGCUGCGAUAGUAGUGGGCGAGAGGAGAAGCAGAGGAAGCGAGAGAGAGCAAGGCGAGUUGAUUGAUUACUCCCACCACUUCGUCUCCACCACCUCCGACCGAACACAACCCGUCCUCGCCAAGCCACCAUCAUUGCGCCACCGCCGCAGGAUCUCUCUCCCCCAGCUCAGUAGGAGCAGUUUCUUUACUCUUUCCUUGCGAGCUACUGCUGCCGUAGUGGCUUCUCGGCAAAGGCUUCUUCUUGCGGUUGCGGUCGUGGUACUGGAGUGGAGUGGCGGCGGUACAACAAUAUACGAGAGUGUGUGUGUGUGCGUGAGAGCGCCACCCACCAUCACGCCCCUCCAUUAAAGGCGCUCACGCACCGCCAUCUCCUCCUCCACGAGAAAGGGGAGCUGAGAGAGUGAGUGAGGAGUGUUGAAUCGCUUCUUUCCUCCCCUCACGGGAGCAGCCAGCAACAAAGGCCCAGCGCCACCCCCCCACGACGCCGCGCGCCUUUAAAGACCAAGGGGAGGACGGCGCGCCACACCUUAAAGAUCCCCACCGGCUCCCUCGCUCCUGCGCCACGAGCUGAGCUUUUGUGCGCGCGCGCGCGAACCGAGGCGGUGAAGGAGGGAAAUGGCGCGGCUCGGCGCUGUGAAUGUCGUGGCGUUCUUGACGGCGGCGGCGCUCGCGGCCGUCGCGGUCGAGGGGAUUCUUGACCCGGUGGACUUCCUGGCGCUGCAGGCCGUGCGGAGGUCGCUCGACGAUAUGCCGGGCUCGUCCUUCUUCGACUCGUGGGACUUCACGGCGGACCCCUGCGGGUUCCCCGGGGUGUACUGCGACGGGAACAGGGUGUCGGCGCUCGCGCUCGGCGACCCGAGGGCGGGGUCGCCGGGGCUGACGGGGAUGCUCGACCCGGCGCUGGGCCGGAUGUCGGCGCUCACGGAGCUCUCGCUCGUGCCAGGGCGCGUCGAGGGCGAGCUCCCGGCGUCCCUCGCCUCGUGCUCCAACCUCCGCUUCCUGGCCGUCAGCAAGAACCUCAUCUCCGGCCAGAUACCGGACGGCAUUGGCGCUCUCUCCAACCUCCGGACGCUCGACGCCAGCUUCAACCAGAUCUCCGGCGCCAUCCCUCCGUCCGUCGCGUCGCUGCCGUCCAUCACCAACCUCAUCCUCUGCCACAACCAGCUCACGGGCGGCAUCCCCUCGUUCCCGGACUCGUCCCCGCUCCUCCGGAUCGACCUCAAGCACAACGCGCUCACGGGCGGCGUGCCGACGCUGCCGGGCUCGCUGCAGUACCUCUCGCUGUCCGCGAACCAUCUCACGGGCCGCGUCGACUCCGUGCUGCCUCGGCUCACCCGGCUCAACUUCCUCGACCUCAGCAUGAACCAGCUGGAAGGCCCAAUCCCGGCGUCCGUCUUCACAUUGCCGCUGUCCGUGCUCCAGCUGCAGCGCAACUUCUUCUCGGGACUCCUCCAGCCGGCCAGCGACGUGACGAUCCCGGUUGUGGACCUGAGCUACAACCGCUUCUGGGGGCCGCUCUCGCCGCUCCUGGCGGGCGUCGGGCAGCUGUACCUGAACAACAACCGCUUCACGGGCGAGGUGCCGUCGCGGCUGGUGCAGGAGCUGGUGGGCACCGGCGGGCUGCAGCUGCUCUACCUGCAGCACAACUUCCUCAGCGGCAUCGAGAUAUCGCCGGCGUCGUCGCUGCCGUCCAGCGUCUCGCUCUGCCUCAUGUACAACUGCAUGGUGCCGCCGGUGUACGCGCCGUGCCCGAUCAAGGCCGGCACGCAGAACACCCGGCCGGCCGACCAGUGCCCCGAGUGGAGGGGAUGACAAGAAUGGCGUCGCUCGCCCAGGACGACGACAAUGACACCGUUGCCUUGCCGGGAUCGCCUCGGAUCGGUCGGCCGGAAAAGAACUGAGGACAUUGCAAAGGGUGGUCUCUGAUUCUUUUGAUUAAAUUUGUUCACUUUACUAGCGUUCUACCCGUGGAUUACUAUUCUUUUUGGUUGGGGAUGGGGAUAGUCACAGACAGACAAGUAAGUUAUUUAAUAAUCGUGAUUUUAUUAUAGGUGUAAUUUUGUGUUUAGUUGGCAAGUGUUAUGUGCUUGUGACUCUGCUGUAUAGGCCAUGCAUGAGUGGGUAGUGAAUAUUUGGCUCUUUGAUGUUGUGUGAUGUGAGGUGGUGAUGCCCUGACGACAAUUAGAAACGGUGUUGUUAUUUAUGGUCAUCAAAUUGGGCAAUGCGGCACAGUGUUGUACGAGAUGGAAUGAAAAUGAUGAACAGUUUGUUAUUGUCCUUUU